AUGUUUCGUUCAGCAAGUGGUCCCGCUGGGCUAAGCAUCAAUACGGGCACUGCCAAUAGUCUAUUUGGAAGCAACACGCCCGCACAGUCCACCGGCACCGGCUUUGGCACAGCAACCGCACAGCAGCAGCAGCAGCAACCGCAAAACACGGGAUCCUUGUUUGGAGCCCCGACUCCAGCCAGUGGAGGUUUGUUUGGAGGAGGAACAACAACUUCGCAACAACAACAACAACAACAAACCCCAAACCUCUUUGGCCAGCCCGCGCAACAACAACCACAACAGCAACAGGCAUUCGGCGGCGGAGGAAUAUUCGGACAACCACAGCAACAGGCGCAACAACAACAGACGGGUGGCACAUUCGGACAGCCUCAACAGCAACAGCCGAGUGGGGGAAUCUUUGGUCAACCGGCGCAACAACAGCAACAACAAGCACAACAGCAACAGCAGAUGUCUCUUUUCGGAGGAGGAACCACCACGACCCCCGCCGCGACGGGCGGUGGCGGCCUUUUCGGCGGCGGCGCAACCACACAGCAACAACCGGCGCAGAACACCGGCACUAGCUUGUUCGGAGGCGGCGCUGCUCAACCAGCUCAGCAGCAGACGACUGGCACAUCGCUCUUUGGCACCGCCCAGCCAGCUCAGCAACAAAACACCGGCACCACUAGUCUGUUCGGCCAGCCUCAGCAACAGCAGCAACAGCAGCAACAGCAGCAGCCGGCGCAACAGCAGCCGGCGCAACAGCAGCAGACCGCAUCUCUGUUCGGCGGCACAGGCGGCGCCUUUCUCUUUGGCACCACCAAGCCCGCGACGACUACACUCGGCGGCACCAGCUUCGGCACGACCCAACCAUCCACCACCAGCACCCAACAGCAGCCUACUUCCACAGGCCUCAGCCUGUCCAUGGGCCAAAACACCACCACUCAACAGCAACAAUCCGCCGGCUCCAAAAUUGACCUCGCCGCCCUGCGCUCCACCACGCGCUUCUCCGACCUCACCGACUCUCUCCAAGCGCAACUAACCCAAAUCGACGACUCCAUCCAAAAGUGCAUCUCGGACUGCUCCGCCAUCAACGCCUUUCUUCCCGGCCACGAAUCGCAGCUCUCUUCGAUUCCCGUAGACGUCUCCUUCGUCUCUCGCAAGUCCGAAGGCGCAGCCGGCGCUCUAAACAGUGACGUCCUAGCCAUCGCCUCUCUCAAAGAAACCGUCAAGAAGGACGCUGCGAACGCCAAGCUCAGUUUCAAGAGCAUCGACCAGCUGCGGCUGCCGGGGGGUAUUGGCAGGCUGGUCUUUGGUCUUCUUCUGCGGCUGGUGGUGCUUCGCGGUCUGUCCAGCACCGGCCAAAAGACGGGCCAGCAAGAAGAUGAAGAAGCCGAAGCGGAGUCCAACCAGGAUCUGCUCGGCUAUUUUUCCAAGACAGCAGACGAGAUGGACGAGAUGAUGAAGAGGUUUGAGCGCAACCUGGGCGAGAUCGAGGUGCAUUUGCAUGGAGUGCAGGGCAAUGUUUUGGAGCAGUUGCAGAGGGCUGCUUUUGGGCAGCAGAAGCAGCUGGCUCAAGGUGGUGGUCAGGACAGUGCGAUGAAUGGAGAUGGCCAGGUUGAUCACAGGGUCGUGGAGCUGGCGGGCGUGUUGAGGGACUUUGAGGAGAGCAUUCUCAAGGUUGCUGGGGUUGUGGGAGGUGUGAAGGAGGGCAUUACGGAGUUGCAGUUGAGGGAUUUUAUGGGUCAUGGUUCUUAG